AUGUCCUCUUGGUUGACAUUGUGCAUGUUGCAGAUGUGGAAACUGCCCGCUCGCCUUCAGAAUCCCAAGUUCCGCCAGACUUGCACGAUGCCUUGCACCCCGGUCAAAGUACCCGAGCACUUGGCCUUUCGUCAGCCUCCAGCCUCGCCGAAGAAGCGCGUGUCCAGUGGAAGGACGCGACGUGUUGAAGAGCUGGAGUCCUUGGCGGGCCGUGUGGAUGACAUCGAGGCAAGGAUGUUGGUGUCUCAAGAGCUCGUCCAUCAGGUUCAUCAAGGCAUGGACGUCAUACGGGGAGACAGUAAGUACCGUGCGGAUUCGAUACUUGGCUUUGGCAGACGAUGGACACAGUCGAAUUCCUCCAAGCCAAUGCUGCUCGGGUGAAAGCGAUUGUCGAGACAGCGCAGGCGGGCGAGUGUAGGUCUUGCUGCAUAUGAAUGAUGGAUCUCCAGGCUGAUGACCGAACUGCAGUGGAUCGAGCUCGCCAGAUGAAGAUGGACGAGCCCGUGGCAUCAAGCAGCAGGAUGUGGAAGAAGCGAAAGCGUGAGGAUGAAUGUGGGAGCUCGCUGGUGACGCCGCCGGCGAGCGAGGAGCGGGAGCGGGAGCGGGAGCGGGAGCAAACUCGCAAGAAGCGCAAGAGCACGAGCAAGAGCAGGACAAAGGGCAAGAGCGAGAGGGCUGCGGACUCGUACCCGUCCCGCCCGGCUCACAUCGUGUCGGAUCCCAGCAGCUCCGACGACAACGCGAGCUGUGCGAGUGUGCAAGUUCACAUCCCGAGGCCGUCGCGAGGCAAGCAUACCUCCUUCGGUGCUGACGAAGGAGCGACCAGCGAGGGCAACGAAUAG